AUGGGAUUUAGCAGCAGCAGCAGUGGCCUCGGCGCCGGCGCUGGCGCUUGCCGGCGCGGCCUGGCAACCGCGUCGACCGCCGCAGCCAGCAGCGCAACCGCAGCAGCAGCAGCGGCAGCAGCAGCCGAGGCUGCGCACGCGGCGGGCCGCGGCCCGAAGUCCCUCGCGCGCCGCGCGCGCGCUCUGCUGCGUGACUACAAGCAGCUGAGCAAGGCGAAGCUCAGCGGGCUCGUGGUGCUGACGGCGGCCGCCGGCUUCGCGGCCGGCAGCGAGGACGGGCCCUUGGAUUGGUCGCGGCUUGGGUGGACGUCCCUGGGCACGUUUGGCGCCGCCGCGUGCGCCAACGCGCUCAACCAGGCGUACGAGCGCGCCAACGAUGCGCUGAUGACGCGCACGCGCGGGCGGCCGCUGCCGGCGGGGCGGAUGGGGCGGCCGCACGCGCUGGCGUUUGCGGCGGCGGCGGGCGCGGCGGGGCUGUGGGUCCUGUAUGAUAAGGCCAACCCCUUGACGGCCGCCCUGGGCGCAGCCAACAUCUUCCUGUACGCGGGGGUGUACACCCCCCUGAAGCAGAUCAGCGUGGCCAACACCUGGGUGGGCGCAGUGGUGGGCGCCAUCCCGCCGCUGAUGGGCUGGGCGGCAGCUGCGGGGCAGCUGGAGCCGGCCGCGGGCGUGCUGGCGGCGGCGCUCUUCUUCUGGCAGAUGCCCCACUUCCUGUCUCUGGCGUGGCUCUGCCGCGAGGACUACGCGCGCGGCGGCUUCAAGAUGCUCUCAAUGUUCGACCCCACCGGCCGCCGCACCGCCGCCGCAGCGCUGCGCCAUUGUGCGUACCUGCUGCCCGUCGGGUUUGCCGCAGUCAGCCUCGGCGUCGCGUCCGAGUGGUUUGCGUGGGAGUCGGCGGCGCUGUGCGGCGCAAUGGGGGCGGGGGCGGUGGCGUUCUACCGGGCCCCGAGCCAGGCCAGGUGA